UUUCAGAUUUCAAAACAUUUCAAAACGCCGCUUCCCUUCUCCUUUCUCUCUCUCUGGCGAUUCCGAUUUCACCGGAUCUGCGCCCCUCUUUCUGGCGAUUCAGGAACGAUUUCACCAGAUCUAUGAAGUUUCAACAGAUCGAUGAAGAUUCUGACCUCCUGGUUCCGUUUUCCGGCUUUUAUUGGCGUUUUGCAACAUUCGUCAAGGGUCAUGGUUUGAAGACUAGAUCUGGUGAAGAAUAAUAAGAAUACUCGGAAGGAGACAACAAAAUCAAGGAGAAGAAUUAGAUCUCGGUGGUUGGAGUUCCAGAUGCGAUUCCCGUCAAGUAUAUGGAGGUGACCGAGGAAUACAUCAAGCGUUACAACAACGUCAAGCUCUCAGCCUUGGGGAUGGCCAUACCAAUUGUUGUUUUAAUCUCCGAGAUUCUGAAGGAAGAUGGACUGGUAACUCAGAAAUUGAUAGCCGUAUCAACUAUUCAAACCAAUGAUAAAUUUACUAGCAGACACAUUCAGAAGGCCAAGUUGCUACAGGUUUGGAACGUGUUACAGAGUUUUAUGAUGAUUCUAUUGUAUCCCAGGCCGAGAAAAUGACAGAGGUUGUGCUGAGAUGCGUCUCCUUUGACAGAGUGAAGAAGAGUAGUGCAUAAUUGUUAAUGGCAAAUGGCGACAAAUAGCGAUAAGGUACCAACUGGUUAUCUUAUUUGGGUUCAUUAAGUUGCAAUUUAUACAAAC